AUGGAAGUAUUAAGAAGGGGUGAAUUAUUUAAACCAAGAAUUAAAAGAAGCAGGAGCAUAAUUGAAAGAGAAGAAGGUAAUAAGGAACAUGAUAAUAAUAAUCAAAUAGUGCUUUAUGGAAAUUCUUUUAAGAACAGUUCGUUGUGUUAUGCAUGGAAUGCAUAUUUUGAUAAGAACAAGAUUAAAAAAAAUAUUAUGGUGUGUUGCGAUUUAAACAAAAUUUGUGAUGAUAUAUUAAAAGGAGUAGAAGAUAAUAGUUUUACUAUGAAAACAUUUUCCUUUUUACUUAUUGGAGUAUGUAAUAUAUACAAGAAAAAGGUGUAUUUUAUUGGUCAAGACUAUGAAUUUUUAAAAAGAAAGAUAAUGUCUUUGUACAAAAAUAAAGAUCAGGAUUCGAAUGAAUUGAUAAGAGGAAAAGAUGCUAAAAGAAGAAAAGUAGGAAAAGAUAAUGAUAAUCAAAACUCAAAUAAAAAAAGGCUAAAUAGGACGUCUCUUAAUAUAAAAAGGGGAUCAAUAGGUUUAAAUGAAUUAAUACCAACAGGAAUUGAUGAUUUCACGGGUAGAAAAUCACGUUUUUCGGUAAAUGCUGAUGAAAUAAGUAUAACUGGAACUCAGAAUAACAAUUAUAAUGAUAUAUUUAAUGAAAACGAAAUGAACAACCAGAUACUUAUGGACAUUUCAAAUUUUAAUUAUCAUAAUUUUGAUAAUGAGAAUGGCAAUUAUAGUGGCACCUACAGUGGUAAUUAUGACGAUAAUUAUAGCGGUAAUUAUAACGAUAAUUACAACGAUAAUUACAACGAUAAUUACAACGAUAGUUACAACGAUAGUUACAACGAUAGUUACAAUGGUAAUUAUAGUACUCAGCAUGUCAUGGAAAAGGUGCUAGAAGGAUCUUACGUUUCUAGAAAUAGUAUUCCAAUGAACAAUUUUGAUGGGUUACAUUUGAAUAGAGCAUUAUCUGAAUCCAUUCUUCCAAUGGACAACCUGAAUGUAGAUAAUUCAAUAUUGAAUAAUGUGAUUCCAAAGAAUAUGUUUUCCAAUUUUGAAAAUUCUUUAAAUGAAAAGAGCAUGGGAGGGGAAUACAAUAAUUUAGAAUUGAAUCCGUUGAACAGGAGUAAUAUUUUUUCAUCCAUGAACCUUUACAAUAAUGUGGAAAAUAAUAACGCUAUUAAUAAGGAAUAUUCUAAUGUAAAUAAUAUGAAUAUCCAAAAUGACUACACAAAUGUGAUGAGCGGGCAACUAUCAGGUAUAUAUAGAUAUGAUAGCAAUAAUAAUGCCAAUAAUUCGAAUAAUGCUAAUAAUUCUAAAAAUGCGCAUAAUGCUAACAAUAGUAAUAAUAGUAAUAAUAAUAAUAAUAGUAAUAAUAAUAAUAAUAGUAAUAAUAAUAAUAAUAAUAAUAAUAAUAAUAAUAAUAAUGAGGAUGUGCAUAAUGACAAUAAUGCGUUUCAUCAUCCCUUCAGCUAUGUGAACGGUCAGGAAAAGGAAAAUAAUAUAUACGGAGGAAGUAUGAUAAAUCAUAAUAAUACUGGUUUAGCAAACAGUUUGAAUGGUUUUAUGAACACAUCGCGAGAUUUUCAAAAUGCGUCAUAUGAUCAUAUGGCAUCCAUAAAUAACUAUAAUAAUAAUAACAGUAGUAAUUGUAACCGAAAUGCAAAUAACUUUGUGUCUCCCUUUCAUAACAUGCACAGUUCAGGAAACAAUAGAAAAGAUUUGUAUAAUUUAAACCCGUUCAUGAGCAUGUAUUCAAUGAACAACAACAUUAACAACAAUAAUCACAACAACAUUAACAACAAUAUUAAUAAUGUAGAUAAUAUGAACACUUAUGGGUACUUUUCACAAAGGAUACAAAACAACUUUGGUGAUUUAGAUGCCAUGAGUAAUGUUAUGGUGGGAAGUAUGUUCAGCCCUCAGAAGAAAAAAAAUAUGACAAGGAAAAAUGACUAUUUGAAUUUUUUAAAUUAUGAGACAUAUCAGAACUUUGAUUAUUUUGAUCAGAAGGAUGACGACGCGUUCAUUAAGAAGUUGAACACAUUGCUAGGAUUAGAUGAUAACGAAGAAGAGGAGAAGGAUAAAGAGCGCAUGGUUAAUGUAGGAGAAGGUAAUACUGCAAAGGGGGUUUCUAGUCCAGUCAAUGGGGAUGACAAUAAUAAUAACAGAAAUAAGUCAACCGACGAUGGGAAAGAAAAGGACGGAAAAGAUAAUCCAAAUUCGUCGAGCAAUGAUGUGGAUAAAAAUAAUCAAAUAAUUCUGAACGAAGAAGAAGAUAAAAGAAGAGAACUUUCCGCUUCAAAUGGAAAUGAAAACCAUCAAAUAGUAAAAAAACGGAAAUUAGAAAAACAUAUAAUAGACAAAAAUUAUAUAAUAAAAGAUUCAGUUAUUAGAGAGAUGCUAAAAAAUGAAAGUGUAAAUUAUAAGUACUUUUUAAUUGAUUCUAUAAACAAAGAAAUAAAUGAAAAAAUUCAAAAGGAGUAUCCAGCAUUUCAAUAUUUCUUUUUACAGACAAAUAAUAAUGAUAAAAUAAAACCACAACUUAAAUUGGAAAUAAAUUUUGGAUAUGAUUCAUGUGAUUAUGAGAAAAAAAAGAAGGCACUUGAAAAUUAUUUAAGCUACUCAGUAAAUAACAAAUCGUAUUUAUAUGAAAAUAAAAAUGUGUUUGAGCAUUUUAAUAUGAAAAAAUGUUUAGAUAAUAUUGAUGAACAUAUGAUAUCUAGUGAGAAUGAUAUCAUGACGAAUAAUUUCUUAUCCUUUGAAGACGGACGUGAAGAAGGGACAAUGAGAAGUGAUAUGAUGAAUUUUGAGGAAGUGAGAGAACAGAUAAAUAUAAUCCCAUUCGAUUCACAAAAUAUGAAUACAGAUGAAUAUAAAAAUAGGUUUAGUGUAGAUCCAUUAUUAUCUCAAAAUGAUCAACUAGAUUUGAAUCUGAAUGACUUAAAUUUUAAGGAUGAUGAUAUGGAUUAUAGGAUACAUUUAGAAAGUCAGAUGUCGAAAAGCUUGAUUAUGUAUAAAGACGAUGAGGAUAGUAUUAAUAAAAGUAAUGAUUUACAGAGUAUUAAUUUUUUAAGUGAUAGACUGAACGACAAAUUAGACGCAGAAUUCAACUGCCCUUCUUUGGAUAUAUCUGUUAACUCUAAUCAAGAUUUUUCUAAUAUUUUUAGUAAAGACAAUGAAAGUUCAUUACUAGAAGACAGAAAUUUAGAAGUGAAUAUUAAUCUGAACCAAGAUUUUGAUUUGAUUGCAAAAGAGUUAUUAGAGGUCUAUAAAAGUUUAUCAACAAAAGUUAAUUAUAUAUUCUUCGAUCUAAUUACAAAAAAUAGAAAAUCAAAGGAUGAAAUUUCUAUUUUGUUUUAUAUCACCUUACAUUUGGCUAAUUUGGGCUACAUACAUAUGAUGCAAAAACCUGUUCUUCCUGACCAGCUAGAUUAUUAUGAGGAAAAUUUUUCGAGACCCAUACUGAUACAGUACAUUGUUCAGGAGAAGAAUAACUGA